AUGAAUAUGUCCAGUCUUUCAAAUGGAGCUCUAUUUUUCUUUUUUGUAACAGCGCAGGUGUUUGCAGUCGUCUGGUCCCAGGCAUGUCCUCGGAGAUGCCUGUGUCCUAAGGACCCCCCCAUGUGUCUCCCUGGGGUGCCCCUGAUCCUGGACGACUGUGCCUGCUGCCUGGUGUGCGCCCGUCAGAAAGGACAGAUCUGCUCUGAGAUGAACCCCUGCGACACACUUAAAGGGCUGCGGUGUGAUUACCCAGCUGACGUUCACAAGAGGGCCGGCAUCUGUGCAGCUCAUGAGGGACAUGUGUGUGUUCUGGGUGGUUCCGUCUACCAAAAUGGCCAGACCUUCUUCCCCAGCUGUAAGUACCAGUGUGUGUGUCGUGACGGACAGAUCGGCUGCUUGCCCCGCUGCAACUUGGAUGUGAUGUUGCCCGGGCCUGACUGCCCCAUGCCACGGAAGAUCCAGGUUCCCGGGGAGUGCUGCGAGAAAUGGGUGUGCGAGCCCCAAGCGAAGGCCAGUACACUGGUUGGCUUUGCCAUGGCAGCCUAUCGUCAGGAGGAGACGGUGGGCAUCGACAGCUGGGACCUCAGCCUGAACUGCAUCGAGCAGACCACAGAGUGGGGCGCCUGCUCCCACAGCUGCGGCAUGGGGGUGUCCACCAGAGUGACCAAUAAGAACCGUCGGUGCGAGAUGGUGAAGCAGACCCGGCUGUGUAUGAUCAGACCCUGUGACAACCUACAGGAUCAGCUACAGCUGACUCAGCUCAAGAAGGGCAGCAAGUGCCAGAGGAUGGUGAGGAGCGACCAAGCCGUCCACCUCUCCUACAAGAACUGCACCAGCGUCCAGGCCUACAAGCCUCGCUACUGUGGCUCCUGCACAGACGGCCGCUGCUGUACCCCCCACAGAACCAGGACUGCUCUGGUGGAUUUCCAGUGUGCCAACGGUAAAAUCGCCAAGAGGCCAGUCAUGGCGAUCCUUACCUGCGUUUGCCACAGCCACUGCCCCAGAGAGAAUGCCGCGUGGCAGCAGUCAGAGCUGGGAUACAGCGGCAUGAGGUUAUAG